GGUACUUCCGCUCGGGGCGGCGGCGGUGGCGGAAGUGGGAGCGGAGCCGGAGUCUUGGCCAUAAAGCCUGAGGCGGCGGCAGCGGCGGCGUUGAAGGCUUGGGGAGUGCCGAGGAGUCCUCUGGAACCGGAACUUGGACUUCUCUGCCUCUGUCCCCCCUUGCAUCUCCUCCUCGGUGGGAGCCCUAGCUACGCGCCCGGCCCGGAGCCCCCAGCGGAGCGGCCGCGUUUGAAGGAUGACCUCUAGGAAGAAAGUGUUGCUGAAGGUUAUCAUCCUGGGAGAUUCUGGAGUUGGUAAGACAUCACUCAUGAACCAGUAUGUGAACAAGAAAUUCAGUAAUCAGUACAAAGCUACAAUAGGAGCAGACUUUCUGACAAAGGAGGUGAUGGUGGAUGACAGACUAGUUACAAUGCAGAUCUGGGACACAGCAGGACAGGAACGGUUCCAGUCCCUUGGUGUGGCCUUCUACAGAGGCGCAGACUGCUGCGUUCUGGUAUUUGACGUCACUGCCCCCAACACAUUCAAAACCCUUGAUAGCUGGAGAGAUGAGUUUCUCAUCCAGGCCAGUCCCCGGGAUCCUGAAAACUUCCCCUUCGUGGUGUUGGGAAACAAGAUUGACCUCGAAAACAGACAAGUGGCCACAAAGCGGGCACAGGCCUGGUGCUACAGCAAAAACAACAUUCCCUACUUCGAGACCAGUGCCAAGGAGGCCAUCAACGUGGAGCAGGCGUUCCAGACGAUUGCACGGAAUGCACUUAAACAGGAAACAGAGGUGGAGCUGUACAACGAAUUCCCCGAACCCAUCAAACUGGACAAGAACGACCGGGCCAAGGCCUCGGCGGAAAGCUGCAGUUGCUGAAGGGGCAGUGAGAGCAGAGCACAGAGUCCUUCACAAACAAAGAACACACUUAGGCCUUCCAACACAAGCCCCCUCUCCUCUUCCAAACAAAACAUAAAGUCAUCUCUCAAAUCCAGCUGCCAAAAGAAACCCAACAAACAUACUCACCCUUACACACACACACACACACUCACACACACACACACACUCACACGCACACACCCACACACACACACCCCUAUACCUACACCUGACACAAGCAGACAGACUCCAGCCCAGGCCUGUGAUGACUCCAUCGGGGUCUGCCCACCCACCACAUCAGCCCUCGUAUGGCAGCCAGGACAGGCAAGCUGUAGAAAUCGUUCUGGUGUGGAGUCGGCAUCGGAAGCUUAUUCUUUUUGUCCACUGGGGAGAGAGAACUGUUUACAGUUAAUCUGUGUCUAAUUAGUUAUCUGAUUUUUUUAACGGUCUUGUGGUCUUUUUACCCCCACCCCCACCCCUCCCUCCUGUGAAGGCUACCACUUGGGAAGGCUGGUGCCCCAUGCUUCAUUACAGGCUCACACCCAGUCUGAUAAGGCUGAGUUUUGUAUGUAUCUGUUAAUGCUUGUUACUUUUAACUAAUCAGAUCUUUUUACAGUAUCCAUUUAUUAUGUAAUGCUUCUUAGAAAAGAAUCUUAUAGUACAUGUUAAUAUAUGCAACCAAUUAAAAAUGUAUAAAUUAGUGUAAGAAAUUCUUGGAUUAUGUGUUUAAGUCCUGUAAUGCAGGCGUGUAAGAUGGAGGGUUGAACCCUGUCUGGAUUGCAGAGUGUUAGCAACUCAGAAUUCAGAAAUCCAGCUAGAGGCAGUAUUCUGUACAGUAGACACAAGAAUUAUGUACGCCUUUUAUCAAAGACUUAAGAGCCAAAAAGCUUUUCAUCUCUCCAGGGGGAAAACUGUCUAGUUCCCUUCUGUGUCUAAAUUUUCCAAAAGGUUGAUUUGCAUAAUACAGUGGUGCGUGCAAUGGAUAAAUGGUUGUUUCAGAAAUUAAAAUUCUCAUUUUUCCUCCCCUCCCCACUUCCACACUUCGAUCCCCUAUAGAUCAGCAUCCUACUGAUAAGAGGGAAAGGAAAAUCCUAACAGAUCUGUCCUAGUGAUUUUACCUUUGUUCUAGAAGGCGCUCCUUUCAGGGUUGUGGUAUCCUUAGGUUAGCAAACCUUUUUCUCCUUUUCCCCACCGACUCCCAGUCUUGCCCAUUAUUAAUUAACCUGUUUCUUUGGUAUGGAACCCUGGCAGUUCUGCCCCCUCCCUAGGAUCUGCCCCUGCAUUGUAGCUUGCUUAACGGAGCACUUCCCCCUUUUCCAAAGGUCUACAUUCUAGGGUGUGGGCCAAGUUCUUCUGUAAAGAGAUGAACGUGAUGCCAAUAAAAUGUAACAAGAACAAAGAU